AUGCAAACAAGAGAUGCGCCGACCACAUCCGCCUCCUCCCUCGGUCUACGGCCACGAUGUGCCGAGGCCGUCAAAAAGGAAAACAAUCGGGUAGCAGCCAAGAAGCCACCCAACGUAGCUGUCGAGAAACCGACGUUUGCGCCUUCAAAAGUGACGGAUCGCAAAACGCGGCACACGCUCUCCCCCGCCUCACCGGCCCCAUCGCACAGCACGCCGACGCUCAGUGCUAACACCAGAAUCAAGCAGUCCACCAGCAUGCAAUUUCCCGUCCUCCAAUCACCUCGCGGAACCCCAGGAACCGGCAGACUGAUGAACCAUGCAAUCCCCCAUGUUUGGACGCGUCGCUCAGGGAUCAACUUCAAAGAUAUCACCUGCUCAUUCUGCCGUCGUCCCCUCGGCUCCCUCUAUCAUGCCUAUGAAAAGUGCCGCAGUUGCAGG